CUUCUGCAGAACAAGGCCGCGAAAAUUAUCCUGAACAGGUCACUUUAUUCGUCAGCUACAGAUGCCCUCGUAACUUUAACGGAAGUGACUCAACCUUGAACAACGUAGAUUUUAUCAUCGCUGUAUAUAUGUUUACAAGUGUAUUAAUGGCCUGGCUUAUGGAUCAGUCAAUGGAGCUACAAGCAAAGAGGUGACGUUCAUGAUUGUAACACAAGAAAUAGAGACAUGCUUAGACUAUCCCUUUCAACCAAAAAUUGGGGAAACAGAGUGUGUUAUCACUAUCUGAAAGAUUGGAAUAAUCUAGAC